CUGCUGCGGCUCCCAUUGACCCUCCGCACCCGCGCAUACACUGCCGCCGCCGCCACCACCACCACCACCACCACCACCACCGCCGCCACCGCUACCGGCAGCGGUGCUCAUCAUAGCAGCAGCACCGCUCCACCGCCAUGGCGGCCUUCGACGGUGCUGGAUGAAUGGGUCCAGCGUGAUGCGCGGCCCAUCAGCCUGCGACAACUGACCUUCUUCGGCCGCACGCUGACAGAAGACCGCUUACUCAGUUCUGCAAACUACGUCCGUCUGGAACUCCCCACGAGAAUAGCACACCGUCUGCGUAACAUGCAGACGCUGCCCUACUCCGCGGUAAGGAAUCCGCACAUCAGCCACGUCUAUGAGUUGUACUACGACGCUUUCGAAAAGUUUCGAAAAGUGCCUCCAGUGCGCUCGCUUGACGACAACGACAGGUUCUGCGAGGUGAUCAAAUCGCUGCUCAAGGAUCACUUGUCAGUCAUCCCGCAACUCGCCAUGGGCAUCUUGGAGAUUCAGCACUCGGUUAGUAGCGAAGAGUGCGACCGCUUCAUGACCACCCUGUUGCGAUCGAGAAUCAGUCGCAGAGUCAUUGCGGAGCAACAUCUGGCAUUGACCGAGACGUACCACUCCCCCUGGCAUUUCCCCAAUGCCAAGAAGCCGCUCACUGCACCAGAAGACGAGUUCGUGGGCGAGAUCUUCUUGAAAUGCAAUGCCAAGGAAGUGGUGCAAAAGUGUGCUGCCACCGCCAGAGACCUCGUUCGCGAGGCUUACGGACCAGACGUUGCCAUUCCAGAGGUCGUGCUCCAGGGUCACCUGGACACGACUUUCGCAUACAUCCCGUCACAUCUAGAAUACAUCGUGGGUGAGCUCCUCCGAAACAGUAUCCAGGCUGUGGUCGAGCAAAAGGGUCUCAAAAACUCACCGCCCAUUGAAGUCCUCAUCUGCGAAGCAGCACAGCACAUCAUCAUACGCGUUUCCGAUCAAGGAGGCGGUGUUGAUCGAGAGGUCUUGCCGUAUCUCUGGUCUUUUGCAAAGGGCCCACGUCGAUCAAACAGACUGAAAAAUCUGGGUCGAGUCCCUCGACUCGCAGCCACAACACAGGAGCUCAAGACGCCAGAGGAUCAUGAUCGAGCUGGCAAGAAGCCUGGCGAGCAGUUCAAAGACUCCUUGGCAUCACUCUUGAAUAGACCACCGGACUUGAAGCUGGGAAUGGGUCUGCCGAUGAGCAAGAUCUAUGCGGAGUAUUGGGCCGGCAGCCUUGAGGUCCAUAGUCUGGAAGGUUGGGGUUGCGAUGCCUUUCUGCAGAUUAGCAGACUGGGUAACAAGAAUGAGACACUGUCCUCCCGAGCCGCGAUGGACGCGGUAUGAUCAGGCGCCAUGUGGAAAGGCGAAAGUCCUCAAAGACUCAGACCAGAUAUAUAAGACCUCUAUGGCGGCAAUGAGAUGCAGCCAUCGUGUCUGUAUCUCAGCAUCGCUACACUUCUCGGGAGCUCAGGCCAAGACUCAUAUUACGCAGGUACCUUGAUCACGAAGCUACCAAUGAUUGCAUACACGCCGUCUAUCCCAUCUAGACGGCUGGACUGGGCGAAGCCAAAGCAAGGAAGCAUACCGGGUAGCAGGCGCCGACUCAUCUCAUCUCAGGUAUCCAUGCUUCAUCGUUGCUUAAUUCCAAGGAAUGCAGCAUUUCGUAUCAGACCAAUGCUCGAAUCACCGAGUCUGGUGCUUUUUCGAGUGCUCUAGACUUGACCUGCAGAAAUAGUACAAAGUUGCUAUAUAGACUGCUUCUCGGACCAGACUGGCUAUCCUCGUCAUGCACAGAAGCUGAUGUGGCCACAAUGGCAGCAAUGUGGACUAUAGAGAGUUGCAGUGCCGCCUAAGAAGAGGAUGUGCGUACAAUCGUCAUCUGGGUGCUUUCGGGGGAACGUUCGCCUUCAAUCUUCGCUCUUUUACAAAUCAUGCUAUCAAGGAUAACUAAGCUGGUCCCUCAGCUCGGAUAUGGGCUUGGGCUACCUAUCGACCCAUAAAACUAGCCUUCCUAUGCUUUGAAUGGCGAGCUAUCCUCGGUACCAAUACUGAUGAGCACAGUCUUGUAUUCCAGAUGCUCCUCUAAGCUGUACCCAUAGCCCUCUCGACCCUGCCCGCUAC